CGUUACUCUCCCCUUGAUUGUUACAUAACAUAAUGCGGGAAUGGAAGGAAUGAAGAUCUUGUAAUAUAAAGAAGUUAAAAUGAGUUGCCUUAGCUGCUACACUGCUGUUGAAGGAUUUAUAGGAAAGAAAUUUCAAAGUUAUGGGGGAUUAGUCGCAUCUCAUCCUUGGAAGUUUAUCAUUGGGUAUAUUCUUGUUAUGGGUUUGUUUAGUUUAGGGCUUCUAAACUUACAGAUGAAUGAUGAUCUAGAACAAACAUUUACACCAUUAAAUAGUCAAGCAAUUCAAGAUAGAAGUACAUUAUUAGGUUUAUACAAGGACUACUCGCGGUCACACUUCAAUUCCUACAACAAACUCACGUAUGGACUGUAUGGAGAUGUAAUAUUCAAAUCCAAAGAUGGAGAAAAUAUAUUAAACUCAACUUAUUUAAGUGAAAUAGAAUCAGUUUAUCGUACAGUUCUCAACAUCACUUGCAACAACACUCAAGGAUCUGUCUCAACAUAUGAUGAACUCUGUGCUAUGAGCAAUGGCACAUGCAAUAUUGAGGGAAACCUUUUGUUAACACAAGAGUUCAAAACAGCUAUUUCAAUAGAAAAUAUUCCCUAUCCCAUAUUUCAGGGAAGAAAAAUUAGCACAUAUUUUGGUAAUGUAGAGUACACAAAUGGAAUAGUGCAGUAUGCAUCCUCAAUUAAGCUGAGAUUUAACCUGCGAACAGAUACUCCAAGUUACUUUGAUACUAGCAAACUCUGGAUAAAAGAGUUCCAAGAAGUAAUGAAAAAGCUUGAACAUUCAUCAAUUGAAAUAGCAUUUGCACAUUCAUAUUCACUGGAAGAAGGAUUGAACACCAAUAUUGGCGGAGAUGUUUUAUACUUUUCAAUUACUGUUACUCUUAUGUUGUUUUAUGCUGGUUUUGCAAUAAGCAACAAAGACUGUUUAUCAGACAGACAGAAUUUAGCUAGAGCUGCUGUUUUAGGCAUGGGUUUGGCCAUUGUUGGAGCUCUUGGAUUUGUUAGUGCUUGUGGAGUUGAGUUUGUUGCCAUAGUUGGAGUAAUGCCGUUUCUGAUAAUAGGAAUUGGCUUAGAUGACAUGUUCUUGCUGCUGACUGGGUUAGCCAGUACAUAUGAAGAAGGUGGACCUGUAGAACCUAAGAAGAAAGUCAUGAUGACCAUGAGAACAAGUGGAGUUGCAAUAACUCUAACAUCAAUUACAGAUUUGGUUGCAUUUUUUGUUGGAAUGACUUCUCCCUUUCUUGCAGUGAGAAACUUUUGUGCCUAUACAGGUGUGGCAGUGCUGUUUGGCUACCUUAGUUAUAUCACAUUUUACUUGGCUUGUAUAACCCUGAAUGAACAACGUGUGCAGAAAGGUUUACAUAUCCACACAUGUAAACCGCUUCCAACUCAUGAGGAACUUGAAGAGAAAGGACAGCCAUAUAAGUGCUUGUGUACUGGAAACGCUCCAAGCAAGAGGACUGAUGUUCAAGGCUCACUAGAAAAAUACCCACCAAAAAUACUUUCUAAAAUAGUUCUUUUGAAACCAGUGCAGGUCAUAGUCAUUAUAAUAUUUGCAGCUUAUUUGGGAAUAUCUAUAUGGGGAGUCACUAAUUUUAAAGAGGGGCUUGAUAUUAAAAAUCUUGUAAGUGAAGAUUCAUAUUAUUUCAAGUAUCUCAGUUUUGAUGAAAGUUUUACAUCCAGGGGUAUAAUUGUUACACAGUUUAGUGUUGCUGGCAAUGUUAAAUACUCAGAUUCAGAAACAAUAAGGAAGAUAGACAAUCUUCAGACCCAUGCUGAAAGGGAUGUGGAUACAUGUAGUAAUUGCUCUAUCAAUUGGUUGAAUGCGUACAGACAGACUGCUUAUUUUGAUGAUUCAACUGAGUCAGCUUUUAUAAAUAGUCUUCAAACACAGUUCCUUCCUGCAUUCCCUAUGUUUACCAAUGAUAUAAGUUUUAGUGAUGACAAUACAUCUAUCAAAGCCUCAAGAUUUUAUGUAUUUGCUUAUGAUGUAAUAGAAUCUAAAGAUGAGGGUAAUUUUAUGCUAAGAAUGAGAGAGAUUGCAGCAUCUUCUAAUUUUCCAGGUGUUAUAGCUUAUUCUCCCCCCUUUAUUUUUACAGAACAAUAUGUUACCAUAUUACCCAACACUUUACAGACUUUGGGAAUAUCAGUUGCUGCCAUAUUUGUUAUUACUGCCAUUUUUCUUCCCCAUCCUUUGUUAGUUUUCCUUGUGACUAUAACUCUUGUAAUGAUUCUAGUUGGACUUAUAGGAUUCAUGUAUUUUUGGAAUCUGACUUUGAGCUCUAUAACCAUGAUUCACAUUGUUAUGAGUGUAGGUUUCUCAGUUGACUUUAGUGCCCAUGUAUGUCAUGGAUUUAUGGAAACGGCAUCAGAAGAUCGUAAAUUGGGUGCUUGUGGAGCUCUUGUUAGAUCUGGUGGCCCCAUUUUCAAUGGAGCUAUGUCAUCCUUAAUUGGAAUCAUUAUGUUGGCGUUUUCAAAGUCAUAUGUUUUUUUGUCUUUUUUCAAGAUUAUGAUAUUGAUCAUCCUUCUUGGUGCUGCUCAUUCGUUGUUUUUCUUGCCAGUUGUCUUGUCACUUGUUGGUCCACAAUUUAAGCCUAAGAAAAUUAUUGUUGAAGUUGAGGAAGAAGAGAUGAUUAUGAAAAAUAAAAAUGCAAAUGGAAACUGAGAAAUUGACAGUGGGUUUUUUGAAAAAACGCAUUAUAACCUGUCCAAAUAGGAACCAUAUUUAAACACACUAACAGAUUCAGAGUGGGGUUUUUUAGGGUUGAAACCCCUUUUUUUUUGGACAAUCAUGACAAUCAAUGCAUUUGAAUGGAGACAUAUAGUUCAAGAGAGAGCAUUAGGAUUUGUAUAUAACAACUAUUUAUCGUCCUCUGAAACUCUUGAGAACAUUAUAGGUUCCAAUCCUACAAAUAAGAUUCAUCAGGACAAUGGCAUUUCAGACUUAUAAAAUAUUAGAUAAUUUGACUCCUUUAUGUUUACAAAAUUUACUUCCAAUUAAACACACUAAAUAUUCUUUUAGAUACAGUAACAUUUUGGAAAUACCACAGGUAAGAACUACCUCAUAUGGAAAUAUUUUUUAAGCUUUGCUGCUGCUUCUUUAUGGAUUUGCUUACAAAAACCAUUUUAGGACUGUUAUCAGCUUCUCACAUUUUAGAAGUCUUGUUCAUUCUUGGAGAGGAACAGACUGUUUUUGCUCUGCCUGUAGGUAAUUUGUGUUACAAUAUUUAUGCUUUUUAUGCUGCAUUAACAGCUUGCUUUGCAACUGAAAUUUUGUUUUUACAGUUUUAAAAAUUACAAGUGUUGAAGUUUUAACUUUAGAUUUGUUUAAAAAAUUUUAGCUGCAAAUUUUUACAAUUAUUUCUGUAUUAGUGUUUCAUAUGUAUGUUUUUGUAUUGACAAGAUAAUGAAUCUCAAUGAAAUUUUACAAGAAGGUUCAAUACCCAGAAAGGAAGGUUGGGAUUGGUUUUGGGGGUUAUUUUUCCAACAGUUUGGGAAAUAGGGACCAAAAGGACCCAAAAACAUCAGUUUAAGUAGGAUGCUGGAAUAUUCAGGUGUCAGAUUAGAUAUUUAUGCUUUUUAUGCUGCAUUAAUAGCUUGUGUUGCAACUGAAAAUUUGUUUUUGCGUUUUAAUAAUAACAAGAGUUGAAGUUUUAACUAUAUAAAAUAUUUGAAUUUUUUUUAGCUGCAAAUUUUAGUAUUAUUUCUGAAUUUAUAGUGCUUACAUGUAUAUGUAUGAUCAUGUAUGUUUAAGUAUUAGCAAGAUAAUGAAUGUCCAUGAUAUUUAACAAGAAGGUUCAAUUCUUAUAAUGUUUUAAAUGUUUACAAAAUUCUAGUUAUUAGAAUUUUGUAAACAUUUAACAUUAUUUUAGUUUAUAUUUGACUUUUUCAUGUUUCACUUUAUACCAUUUACAACUACCAUAGUUUAUAAGUACUGCCGGUCUAAUCUUAUAUAGAAAUCACUGUUAAUGUAAGAUCAUAGGAAGUGAUAGGACAUUUUGCCAAAAUUCUUUAAAAAUUAGUAAAUAAUAGUGUUCUUUGAAAUGAACCAGACAGUCACACUAAAACUCCUGUAGAAGAAAGAAUAUAAUUUAUCCUUUGUGUCUUUUAGAAGAAGAAUAUGAAUUUCAUUUCAUUAUGAAAUGUACAAAAAUAAAUACAAUAAGAUAACGAUUGUUUUCAAAAAUUAAUGAAAUAGAUCAGGGCCCUCUCUUUUAAAUUUGACUAAUGAAGCAAGAUUUAAAUUUUUGUUUACAUGUGGUGAGACUGAUAUAAUUAGAAUUAUUGAAAAAUUCCUAAGCAACAUGUACAAUUCUAGAAAUGCUUUACAUAUUGAGUACUAAAAAACUUUGUGGUACCACCUCCUCUCAGGGAUAUAUACUGUGUAACUUGCCUAAUCUGACACACUGGGAGACUAGAAAAUAAUGUCGGAUUAAGCAGGGUGUCAAAAUUCUCAGUUUUUGGUCUGCAAGGAUAGGCAUAUUUUGGGACCAUGAAAAUGUGUCAGUCAAAGCAGGAUGCUGGAAUACUCAGGUGUCGGAUUAGGCAUGUUACAAAGUAUAUACAUUUUUUAUUGUAAUUAUAUUUCUUUUAUAUACAUAUAUAUACAAUUUUUAUAAAUGUGGACACAUAUAUGUCUGUUUUUUUGUGUAUAACCAAUGUUUAUUGUCUUGGUAUCAAUCCUUUAAUUUCGGAUUGUCAUUCAAACAAUAAAAUAUCUUAUCUUA